AUGUGUAUCGAUGAUGGAUGUGAUGAUCUGCUCUGCUGUUUAUGUGUACCACUAGCGGCCCUAUGCUGCUGUAAAUGCUGUAAGGAUAUGAUGAGUUCUAAUUCUGGCAGUAAUCAAGCUCCGACAGCUGUUUAUUAUCAGCAACAACCAGGUGCAUACGUACCACCCGGAGGUGUAUAUGGUCCACCGCCGCCUCAUCAACAACCGCAAUAUUAUCCAGGAGGUCCACAACCGUACUAUCCACCGCCGCCGCAGCAGCAACAGCAGAAUUAUCCUCCAUACAAUCAACAAGUAGGCCACCCUCCAUACAACCAAGGUCAACCCGCCAGCUAUGGUGGCCCACCGCCGCCCUACAUCUACCAACAACCAAAUCCGUACUAG